GCACUGAGUACCAGCACUGGGCAGAUCUGUCUUUGAGCUCAACAUGAUCUGCAGUGGCAAGAGUCUGCUCCUGGCUGCUUUGAUGGCAGUGGUACUGCUCCACCUCUGCAGCAGGUCAGAAGCAGCAAGCAGCUUUGACUGCUGCCUCCGAUACACGGAACACGUCAUCCAUCCCAAACUUAUCACGGGCUUCACGCAGCAACUGUCCAGUGAAGCCUGUGAUAUCGACGCUGUCAUCUUUCACACAAAGAGAAGAUUAGCUGUGUGUGCAGAUCCAAAAAAGGUGUGGGUGAAACAAGCUGUGUGGAUCCUGAGGUAUGAAACAGUCACAACCAGUGAGCUUUUCUCCAAGUAUCUGUGGGAAGAGGAGGAUGCAAAAUUGUGGCUCAUGGGUUCACAGGGGUUCUUUAGUCUGAGAACUGUGGAAUUUUUUGAAGGGAAGUUUGGUUUGGAUCAUGAAAAUAAUGAAUGCAUUUUUUUCCCACUUGUACAUUAAUUAUUUUUUUAAUUGAGUGAUGUUUCACAUGAAGUAUUAAACUCCCCUAUGCAUUUGAUGUGCAUUAUCGGGUUGGUCCAAACGUUCAAGUGCUUAACUGCUAAACUGAAAGGUUGGCAGUUCAAACCCAUCCAGGGGCACCUAGAAAGAAAGGUCUGGCAAUCUGCUUCCAAAAGAUUCUACUAUAGGGCAUAGCUCUGCUCUGUGACACGUGGGGUUGCCGUGAGUCGGAGUCAGAUCCACAUCAACCAGUUUGGUUUUUUGGUUUUUUUGGUAUGCAUUUGAUAGUCACUAACUGGUUGCUUUUUGUUGCAAAGAUGCCUCCUAUUUAUAUGACUUACAGACUGACCUUUGGCUAUUUGUUAAAAACUGAAAAUUAAACAUUAGUUAAGAAAAAGAGCAAUGGCUCUGAAUUACAUUGAUGAUAGUAGAGAGUAACAUUUUAUCAAUGGACAGAAGCCACUUAAUGCUAGUGUGUCCACACCGAGCUUAGAGGCACAAGAUGAGUGUCUAUAUCCGGUUUCUGUCAUCACUAGCUGAAUUAUGUGGGGCAAAGCCCAUGUUCUCUGAACCUUGAUUUGCUCAUCUGAAUGCCCUCUGAGCUGCUCGGUGUCCUGAGAUGGGGUCAAGGGUGUGGAAGGUGUCUUUAGGUACCAAAGGCAGCCCAUCCCUUCGCCUUUGCUUAUUCUUUUCUUCCUCUUUCCUUUACAGUCAGCGAGUCAGGAAGAUGUAAAAGUGAAUGCUCUUUGAUUGGAAUUGGACACAGCCCAAGAACAAAAAGAACCAGGCUGGGACUGGCGUUUUCACUUGCACAUCGUUGACGGUUUAUCACGUAUCUGAUUUGUGCCUCACUGGACUUGUCCAAUUAAUGAAGUUGAUUCAUAUUGCAUCAUGGGUUUAGUACCUCUUAGGUUUGCUUUGUUAAGCAUCACGUUAAAGUCCAACUCUAUUUUAUGUCAAAUUAUUUAUAGAUGCAGUUUUUCUGUAUUUAACUAUUUAAUACUAAACUUUUUCUAUAAGCUACUUGGUUUAGCACAAGCUUUAAAAUUAUGUUGGGGGGGCAUGAAAUGAUAUAGGCUUUCUAACAAGAAGCAAGCUAUUAAAAAAAAACUAUUUAAAACAUUUCUGUGUGUACAGUUUUGUCUCUUAAGUUGUUGUAAUUACCUUAUAAAAGAGAAUAAUGGUGAUAAAAAGAAUAAAUCUUGAAAAUAAAAGAACCAAAAAAUUGUUGAUUGAGUUAUGUGGCAUUUAUUAAAAUGUGUAUUGCAAAAAGCAUUUAAAGACAAAUGUGAACCUUAGCUAAAAAAUUGUAUCCCUUAUUUACUUUUGCCUGGCACCUCCAUGAUCACUGUCCCUCCUAGUCCUGGACUUCAUUCUGUAGGAAUUAUAACAGAAAAGCCUUUUGAUUCAAAGUCACCUAGACCAAAAAUUAGAAAGAUCAUAUAUCUGAGCUCCCUAAUCCAGUGCUUAUUGAUAUAAAACUUUUUUGUUUUACUAAAAAUGUAUGCCCACAUAUUUUGUGACUAUAGAGACACAACAACUGUUUAGAAAAUAUCCUAAGAAAUUUAGUUCAUCGUUCUUUUACCAGCCAGGGUUUUAGGAAUGAUAAUCUCAUCAGAGAAACAUUUUUCCACUUGAAGGUCCUCCUGAGUCAUCAUCUUUGAGAAGCUCUGAGAAAGAAAAUGACUACUCAAAGUUUUCUUAGAACUUGACUGUCUUGCUAACCAAAGUGGAGACUUCAAAUAUAUGAAACCCAGCAAGAAUCCAGGAAUAAGGUAAAAGGAUCCUGAACGAAUGCAGUUAUGGUCCCAAUAUCCGUGUACCAAAACUCAUGCAGUGCCUUGACAUAGCACUCUAGAAGUUUUGCCUUAAAUUCCAAAGAAUGACAAAGGUCACUAGAAGCAGGCAUGCUGAUGAUAUGAUGUAAAACCCAGAUGCACAAAUCCAUCAAGCCGGGCAGUUGUGGCUCAUUUAGUGUCGAGUCAAGAAGCUGUGUCUCCACCAGCCCUGAAGGCAUUCUACGCCCAGGAAUAAUACCCGUAACAUUGAGUCAUCAGGGAAAGUAUGCUCAAUAUCCUGUUUGUUUAUUCAUCAAAUGUAGGGUUGGUACCUAUUAGGUGUCAGGCACCCUGCCAAGCACUAGAGAGAUAAUGUGACUUGACCCUUGCUCCUGCAUAAUUAGGGCUGAACAAUGCUGAGAGAGGAAAAGACUGAUAAGUAAACCAAGCUCGUACUCUUGGUGGUAAGCACGUUGACAAAGGCAGUUAAAGGGCGCUAUAGGGGAUUGUUAGUAGGGGUUCCCACAAGGAAAGUACAUUAGGUUGAAGUAUAUGAAAUAGCCAGUAUUCAAGGCUUUGCACCUAUGAAGAUGGCGAUUUCAUAUGGCUCAACCUAAUCCCUAUGCUGAGUGAUGAAGGACCAGUAGGAGCUAAGCAGCUGGGAGAGAGACAGCAAGGUUGCUUGGAAACAUCCGGGGGCAUGUUUGAGGGUGGAGUACAGGACGCAUUCAGUGGGCGGCAACCAGAGAUGCUACCCCUACUGGAACGCACAGGCUAGUCCUUCACAACGAAGAAUUGUUCCAUCCAAAAAGUCAAUGAUGUCACCAUUGAGCAAUACGUGGUGAAGAAAAAUGUAUGCGAGUCAUGGGGGUUGAAGCAGAGCAGCUGCAGAUGAAGUGGAACUGUUACCUCAGGGAGAUACAGUGGUUUGAAUUUGAGCAUGGGAACGUUGGGGGAACCAUUGAAGAAGUCAAAGCAAGUGUGGUCUCCAUAUGGCCGAUGGGAGGAAGGCAGGGCAGAUGGGAAGCAGAGGUACCAGUUAGGAGAAGACCACAGUGAUAAAAUGAGAACACUGAUACCUCAGUGAAAGUCAUGGCAACGGGAAAGUACAGAGGUGGUGGUAGGUUUGAGAAUCCUGAGAAGCAUCCUAAAUCCACCCGUCCCUCCCUCCAGUCACACAUUCUUGGAGGAACACUGUCAGGAGACAGCAGUCUUGGUGGCUGCUGGGAGGUCUCACCAGGUAAACCUUGUGGAGUCAGAAAAUUAACAGAUUUUUUUAGCGCUCUGAAAAGUGUCUGAAUCUUCUGGGGCCAGGAGCACUAAGAGCUGGUAACUGAGUUUAUGGAGAUGGAAUCCUGCAGGACAG